CAAUCAGUUGACUGUCAUAUGACAUUUGGGGUGAGGCAAACCCAAAAUCAUUAACUUCUGUAACAGUAGCAGUCAAUUCCACUUGUAAAAAAAUGAAAGGGUGCAUAUUUAAUAUCGACAGCGGAUAUUUAGAAGGUUUAUGUCGUGGCUUCAAAUGUGGAAUUUUAAAACAAUCCGACUACUUAAACUUGGUGCAGUGUGAAACACUGGAAGAUUUAAAACUACAUCUUCAGGGAACGGAUUAUGGUACGUUCUUGGCAAACGAGCCGUCUCCUCUUGCCGUAUCCACAAUCGAUGACAAACUACGCGAGAAACUAGUUAUUGAAUUUCAACAUCUCCGCAAUCACGCAGUCGAGCCCCUAUCAACCUUCCUAGACUUUAUCACUUACAGUUAUAUGAUUGACAACAUUAUUCUACUAAUUACGGGCACCUUACAUCAACGACCUAUUUCCGAAUUGAUUCCCAAAUGCCAUCCGUUGGGAAGCUUUGAACAAAUGGAGGCCAUUCAUGUCGCCGCUACUCCGGCCGAAUUGUACAAUGCAGUUUUAGUAGACACCCCACUUGCUCCGUUCUUCGUCGAUUGUAUAAGCGAGCAGGAUUUGGACGAAAUGAACAUUGAGAUUAUAAGAAACACCCUGUAUAAGGCGUACUUGGAGGCUUUCUUCCAGUUUUGUAAAGAAAUUGGGGGGACAACUGCAGACUGCAUGUGCGAAAUUUUGGCGUUUGAGGCUGAUCGUCGUGCGAUUAUAAUAACUAUCAAUUCGUUUGGGACCGAACUGAGCAAGGAUGAUCGUGCGAAACUCUACCCGCGGUGUGGCAAGCUGAAUCCUGAUGGACUUGCUGCCUUGGCACGUGCAGAGGAUUAUGACCAAGUUAAGGCGGUAGCUGAAUACUAUGCAGAGUAUUCCAAAUUGUUUGAAGGUGCAGGGAACAAUCCGGGCGAUAAAACUUUGGAGGACAAGUUUUUCGAACAUGAAGUAAAGUUGAACGUUAUGGCAUUUUUGCAACAGUUUCAUUUUGGCGUUUUCUACUCCUACCUAAAGUUAAAGGAGCAAGAGUGUCGCAAUAUUGUUUGGAUAUCAGAGUGUGUUGCUCAAAAACAUAGGGCCAAAAUUGAUAACUACAUCCCUAUAUUUUAAUCAUUCCAUUGAGAUUUCGUUUUGUGCGAUUUAAUUAGUAGAAGGCUAUCAUUUAGAGAGGAAACUUGUGUUGUAAUUGUAAACCACAAUUUAUAUUACUAGUCUAAUUUUAAACAGUAUUCAUCAUGAUUAACACCAAGAAACAUUUAAGACAGACUUUCACAUGAACAUUUAACACAUGUUUCUUCUUUGAUUUAUAAUAGGAUAUUAUGUAAUUAAUUGUAAUGUAAAUAGUGACCAUAUUUAUCAGUUGUUCAAAUCACAUCUUAUUAAUUUUACAAAAUUACAUUGAAAAUGUAAAAAUUAGCCAAACACAGCAUCCGUUUUUGGGAUGAUCAGACUUAUCGUCUUGUUCUAACAAAAAUUCAAUUUAAUUAAUUGAAUACAUGGCUAAUAAUUUACAUUGAAAUGUUAGUUCAUUUGCUAGGUUUAUGGAAAUACCCGAUAGUUGUCAGCAGCUGUUUGUAAUUUUUCUGUUAUCGAUAUUAAAAAUUUAAUUAUUCUGUUGUAUAA